AUGCAUCUACAAAUGCUUGUAGAAACUACAUUUACAAAUGUGGAAUAUUACGCUGAUAGCUACAAGUGCAUUAUUAUGUUACAAAAAAUUAUAGAACUCGUAGCUGCUAGAAGCGAAUCACAAAUAACUUGUAGACUUGUUACAAUUGUAAACUUUGUGGUACAGGCCCCUGGUAUUAUGUCUACCAUACCAGGAAUUCCUUUAUUUUAUCAGAAAACUGCUCCUGUAAGGUACUGUGCUUUCUGCGAAGAAGACGAAAAGCGUUUCCUUGUGACAGUUAUUAAGGACCUACUCGGUUUGUGCGAACAAAAGAAAGGCAAGGAUAAUAAGGCUAUAAUCGCCUCGAAUAUAAUGUACGUUGUUGGGCAAUAUCCCCGUUUCUUGCGCGCACAUUGGAAAUUCCUUAAAACGGUGGUGAAUAAACUAUUCGAAUUUAUGCAUGAAACUCACGAUGGCGUACAGGAUAUGGCGUGCGAUACAUUUAUAAAAAUUGCCAUCAAAUGUAGACGCUACUUUGUGACCAUACAGCCGAAUGAGGCGUGUACCUUCAUCGAUGAAAUACUGAGCACUAUGAGUAGCAUAAUUUGUGACUUACAGCCGCAGCAGGUACAUACGUUCUAUGAAGCAGUUGGCUAUAUGAUAUCAGCACAGGUUGAUCAGGUGCAACAGGACGCCUUAAUUGAGAAAUAUAUGUUCUUGCCAAAUCAGGUUUGGGAUGAUAUUAUUUCUCGUGCCUCGAAGAACGUAGACUUUCUUAAAAAUAUGACAGCUGUUAAGCAGCUGGGUAGCAUUUUGAAGACAAAUGUAGCUGCAUGCAAGGCAUUGGGUCAUGCCUACGUGAUUCAGUUGGGACGCAUAUACUUGGAUAUGCUAAACGUUUAUAAAAUUACGUCUGAGAACAUCAUUCAAGCGAUUGAGGUUAAUGGUGUUGUUGUAAAUAACCAACCUCUUAUAAAAGCAAUGAACGUCGUUAAAAAAGAAACUUUAAAUCUAAUUUCGGAAUGGGUAUCGCGCUCUAAUGACAAUCAAUUAGUGAUGGAUAACUUUAUUCCUCCACUACUCGAUGCGGUUUUGUUAGAUUACCAGCGUUGUAAAGUGCCGUCUGCUAGGGAACCCAAAGUGCUCAGCUCAAUGGCCAUAAUUGUGCACAAACUACGUAAUCACAUCACGAACGAAGUACCAAAAAUUUUUGACGCCGUCUUUGAGUGCACACUCGAUAUGAUUAAUAAGAAUUUCGAAGAUUAUCCGCAGCACCGCACCAGCUUUUAUGAGCUUCUACAAGCUGUCAAUGCGCAUUGCUUUAAAGCAUUUCUCAAUAUUCCACCGGCACAAUUUAGGCUCGUAUUCGAUUCGGUUGUUUGGGCCUUUAAGCACACAAUGCGCAAUGUUGCUGAUAUGGGAUUGAACAUAUUAUAUAAAAUGUUGCAAAACUUAGAACAACACCCACAGGCAGCGCAAAGCUUCUAUCAGACAUAUUUCACUGAUAUUUUAAUGCAGAUUUUCUCCGUUGUCACUGAUACUUCGCACACAGCUGGCCUCGCCAACCAUGCCACAAUAUUGGCGUACAUGUUCUCGUUGGUAGAGAACAAUAAAAUAACAGUGAGUCUCGGCCCAAUACCGGACAAUACCAUUUUCAUACAAGAGUAUGUGGCCUCUUUGCUGAAGUCCGCUUUCAAUCACUUAACGGAUAACCAGAUUAAGGUCUUUGUCACUGGUCUUUUCAAUCUGGACGAAAAUGUUCAAGCAUUUAAAGAGCAUUUGAGAGAUUUCCUAAUCCAAAUUAGGGAAAUAACUGGUGAGGACGAUUCUGAUUUAUAUCUCGAAGAAAGAGAGGCAGCACUACGAGAAGAACAAGCUAACAAGCGUCUAAUGCAGCGCAAUAUACCGGGCAUGUUAAAUCCGCACGAAUUGCCGGAAGAUAUGCAGGAUGAGUAAAAAUAACACAACAACAUCAGCAGUUGAAAGAAGUUAUGAGUGAAGAGCGAAUGUUUUGAUUUACGUGAAAAAGAAACAAGUGAAAAACCACACAUACAAUUAUUAUUCAAAUACAUCUUUUUAUAAUUAAUAACCGUAUGAGAAAAUUGAAUAAUUCUAAAGUUAUGUUUGAAAUGAAUAUUUGUCGCCGAAGUAUGAAUGUUUAACAAAUCCAACAUCAUAAAUCUAUAUUAAUAUUAUUAGACUACUUAAUAUAACCAACAAAGCGAAUGAUUGCGUUUCUUUAUUAAACUUAGAAAUAGUUUGUACAUUAAAGAAAAAUGAAUGAGAUGAAAAUGCAAACUACACAAAAGAAAAAGAGCAAAAAGCGUUAAUUGUUAUAUUAAUCACAAAUGAUUGUACGAGUAUGUGAGUGAAAAUGAGUAAUACCAACAGAUAUAUAUACAGAUGCAGGCAGGAGAUUUUGAAAUAAUUGUUUGGCACUGUAGUUUGUUGGUACAGCAAAAUAUACUACAAAUAAAAUCAAACUUAACGAAAAAUUGUGAAAAGUAUGCGUUAUGAAACAUAUUCAUUUACAAAGAGCGUGAUGAGAUGACAUAAAUACAAUAGUAAAAAGUACGAUUGCUGCUAUUUUACCAUUUGAACUAAGCAAUUAUAGAACGGAAUAAACCUUUGAAAUUAAUUUCACACCUAAA